UUGAUAUUGAAUCCCACGAUUUUUGUAAUUUUUUUUAAAAGUUCUACUGGAUUACGUUAUGAAAUGUACCCUACAUUUGGAUGGAGCUUUGAGGCAUGAUCUAAGCUAAAAAUGAUAAAUGAAGACCUCACUAUGUGCUAGAUAGUAAUUCUAAAGAUAUUAGUAACUAAAUCUGAACAUAGAGAGCGACAUUUACACAAAUCACAUCUUUCAUAAAAGCGGAAGUGAAAUUUGACUUCGGAAAAUAUGGCGGACGUUUUGAGUUUUGCUGGAGAUGGAUUUUCUGUUCUAAACACUGACCUAGGGUCUAUUAAGAGGGAAUUGAUCUCAUCCGCAUCGGAGUGCUCACAAAGGGGACUUCUUCAAAGUUCCAAAUGGGCUGCAGAAUUAUGUUAUGCUAUAGAUGAGGUAACCUGUACUCAAGAGUUCCUGCCUACCAAUGAUGUCACGCAGGAUUUCCUCCAAGAUUAUGAUGUAUUUAAUCUCGCUAAGAGCUACUUUAAUCUCCGAGAGUAUGACAGGGCCGCUCACUUUGCAGAGAAGUGUAAAUCUAACAAAGGUUAUUUCCUCUACAUGUACAGCCGUUACCUGGCUGCUGAAAAACAUCAUCUGGAUGACAGAGGGGAUGCCAUCAGUUCAGGUAACACUUCAAUGACGGAGAAACUAGAGAAUGACCACCUCAAGGUGUUGCGUACAGAGCUCCAGGCUAAACAGAAAACUGAAGAUCUUGAUGGUUACUGCUUGUACUUAUAUGGUGUGGUCCUUAAGAAGCUAGAUCUACUGAAAGAAGCUCUGAUUGUGUUCAUGGAAGCAGUACAUAAGGAACCCUCACAUUGGGGGGCCUGGCAACAACUUAGCAUGCUCAUUACAGAUAAAGAAACAUUGAACAGUCUGUCAUUGCCGAACCAUUGGAUCCGCUCCAUCUUCCUAGCUUGCACGUACCUUGAACUCCAGCUUAAUGAUGAAGCAUUGGCACUGUUACAGUCCCUUUAUGACAGUGGCAUGUCUAAAAGCACCUACAUUUUGUCACAGAUUGCAGUCGCGUAUCAGAAUCUUAGAGAUGUUGACAAAGCCGUAGAGUCAUUCAGUCAACUACAAGAUCUGGACCCAUUUAGGCUAGAACACAUGGACAUAUACUCUAACCUUCUCUAUGUUAAGGAGAUGCGACCAGAACUUGCUAAACUAGCGCACCAUUGUUGUGAUAUAGACAAGUACAGAGUAGAGACCUGCUGUGUCAUAGGUAACUAUUACAGUUUAAGAGCUCAACAUGAAAAAGCUGUACUGUAUUUCCAACGUGCCCUGAAGCUUAAUCCUCAUUACUUGUCUGCCUGGACCUUGAUGGGGCAUGAAUAUAUGGAAAUGAAAAACACACAUGCAGCUAUACAGGCAUAUAGACAAGCUAUAGAAGUAAAUAGACGUGACUACAGAGCUUGGUAUGGUCUAGGACAGACAUAUGAAAUAUUGAAGAUGCAUGCUUAUUGUCUCUACUACUAUAGACAGGCUCAACAACUAAGACCCAAUGAUUCCCGAAUGUUUGUUGCGCUUGGUGAGUGCUAUGAAAAGCUUGAAAAAUUGCAAGAAGCGAAGAAAUGUUUCUGGAAGGCGCACUCUAUUGGAGAUGUUGAAGGAACUGCACUCAUUAAACUAGCAAAGCUUUAUGAAAUAUUGAAUGAAAAGGACUCAGCUGCUGCAGCAUAUACAGAAUACAUCAAUGAGACUGAGCGCCAAGGGAUGUUUAAUUUUGAUGAGCAGCCACAGGCUUACAGAUACCUUGCAAACUAUCACUUGAAGAAUGGUCAGUUGGAUGAUGCCCAUACUGCAGCUCAGAAAUGUACAGAAUUUAAUGCAACCAGAGAAGAAGGUAAAGCCCUCUUACGUCAGAUCGCUAGGUUACGGUCGCUAGGUGAUGGUGUUGCCAUGCAGGUUGAGGACAAUGGAGGAUCUAUCACAUCUGAUAGACAUUUAGCUGUGAAUGCUGUGGCUGAUAGUCCUCUUAGUAGACUCUCUCCUAUGAAUCUCACAUUUACACCCUGAUAUCAGCAAAUACCAUAUAUUAUAUUCUUCAACAUUUCCAUACAAAAUCAUUAUUUACUAAGGCUCCUAACAUGAAAUAGAUUUUAUUAAUCCAGUCUUUUAAAAUUUUGGACACUUUCUAAAGGCAGAUAUUUAUAACUAACUAGAGGAGUAUGUGAUAUAUGUACCAUGCUUCAGACCAUAACACAGUGACAAUAUGAAGGUAAUGUUCACUUAAUUCU